UGUGCAGAUAUCAGUAAUCUGAUAAUUUGGGUGUCACGAUGGAAUUAACAGCCUGCCACAGAAUGAAGAAGGGUGAGCUAGCGCCACUGGAGCGGCAGUCGAAAGUCAGAGAGCAUGAGGAGGGGGAGGAGGAGGAGGAGGAGGUGUACUGCAUCUGCCGCUCAGCCGACAGCACUCGCUUCAUGAUUGCCUGCGACAAUUGCGAGGAGUGGUACCACGGCGACUGCAUAUCCGUCACCGAGCGCGAGGCCAAGCACAUCAAGCGCUUCUACUGCCACCGCUGUCGUAAGCGGGAUCCCGAGCUGAAGAUCCGCUACAAAGACAAGAGCCGCGGCAGCCGACACGGCGACGAGCGCGGCGAGAAGACGGAGCGCAGCGAGAAGAGCGACAGGAGCGAGAAGGCUGAAAGAAGUGAAAAGGCCGACAAGAGCGAAAAGGUCGACAAGAGCGAGAAGACGGACAAGAGCGAGAAGGCCGACCGGGGCGAGAAGCGCGAGCUGUCAGAUGACGAGGACGAGGCGGACGGAUCGGGCAAGCAGUGCUACGGGCCGCAGUGUGUCAAGCCAGCCGGCAGGGAAGCCGCUACUUGCUCCGAUCAGUGCGGUCUUAACCUGGCCAGGAACAGGAUCUUCCAGGUGCUGCCUCAGCGCACAGAGUGGAACAUGACACGCUGCGUGGCCGAGGACCGCAACAUGCGCACCCUUGGAGCGCAUCCGGCGCGAGCAGCUGGAGGCGCAGACGCAGCUGGAGCGGCUGACGGCGCUCGCACCACGAGCUGGGACCGUGUGGUGGACCGCGGUCGGCGCGGCACGGUCGACCCCUCGGCGCUGGAGGACGACACCGAGGAGAGCAGCAACAGCGUCCACUGCGUCACGUGUGGCCACGAGGUGGCCACCAGGAACGCCGUGCGCCACAUGGAGAAGUGCUUCGGCAAGUACGAGAGUCAGACGUCGUUCGGCUCGCUCUACCAGACGCGCGUGGAGGGGUUCAACAUGUUCUGGCGACUUCUAACAACGCGGGCCAACAGGACGUACUGCAAGCGGCUGCGCGUGCUAUGCCCCGAGCACAGCAAGAACCCGAAGGUGUCUGAUGACGAGGUGUGCGGCUGCCCCCUGGUGGCGGACGUCUUCACGUCCAAUGCCAGUUUCUGCCGCGCCCCGAAGAAGAAGUGCCUAAAACACUUCAGCUGGGAGAAGCUGCGCCGCGCCGAGCUCGACAUGGAGCGGGUUCGCUGGGCGAUGAAGAUGGACGAGCUGCUGGAACAGGAGCGGCAGUGCCGGCAGAGCAUGGCCAACAGGGCCGGCGUGCUGGCGCUGAUGCUGCACUCCAUCGACCACGACGUCAUGGAGAAGGUGCAGAGCCAGCAGAAGAAGAUGGCCAGCAAGGUGAAGGUCAAGGUGUCCUAGAGUCAUGCCAGGGAGGUGACUGUUCCGCGUGCAGGGUGGUCAGGGGGGUUGGCCCACCAGUGGGACACCUUCGGUGUUAGCAGGAUUGCAGCCGCGCUGAGGUGGCUGGCCGCCACAUGAUAUCUCGGGUUAACCUGAGCUGGCUUGGGCUGCCCAACAACCGCGGCAGCCAUACUGUGUGGGCUCGAGGUGUCCUAAAGAUCGGAACUGUAGUGCUCCAAGUCCCCCCAGAUGAGCGUGUCCCCCUCAAGAGGUCCAACUGAAUGCUAUGCCGCGAAAGGUGGCCUUGAUCAAGAAUAAGGUGGGUCCGAUCGAAGGGGAUUAGUCCAAUGUAG